CAUCAACAAACCCAAGAUGCCGGCCUAUAACGAGGUUCCCAACUCCCCUUCUGGUCGCCCUAACGGCGAUCUCCUUCCUCCCGCAACUGUACCGCCUCCAUGUUAAAAGGAACAGCCUAGGCAUCUCCCCCAACUAUGUCCUCUGCCACCUCAUAGUCGCGACCGAGCAGUUCGCCAUCCUCUUUUACCUGUUGGUCAGCGUCCCGGAAGCCGGAGGUGACAUGUUUGUUCAUGAGCCGCGGACUGCCGGUGACUGGUUGAACUUUGCGCAGCUUGCGGCCACUUGGGUUAUGUUCUUGAUUCUUUUCAUCCUAACACUAACCUACCACCCCUCGCGCCGCGAAAAACGCGAUCACGUUAUCAUCUACAUACUCUACCUCCUCAUCACCCUCGUGCCUCUGUUUCUAGAUUUUAUCGGUCUAACCCCAUACUUUGCAACGCCCGAGUGGCCCGAAACCGACCUCCGCGAGGGAUGGGCCUUUAUCCACGGACUGUUUCUCAACGCCCUCAUGCCCGCUUGCGCAUUCCUCGCGCUCUUCCCGCAGAUGGCGCAGGUCUGGAAACAUAUCGGCGAUCCAGCCGGGUAUCCCGGUUUGAGUGUCCUGGGGCUCGCGGUUCAGGCAUGUGUCUUCGGGACGCUGGCCGUGUCCUGGGCGUGGAGGAUUUCGUACAGUGAUGGGGAUUAUGGUAAGGGUGAGAUCCCGUGGUUCUGGAAUUAUGGGUGGCCAGCUGUUGAGACUGGUAUUAUUGCCGGGGUUCAAGCGUUCUUGGUUUUGGUUGCCUGGUGGAGGGGGUGGGUUGAAAGGAGUGAGCGGAGGAAAGGGCUGGACGUGUCAGAAGAGGCUUCCAGGUCUGACGGUCGGGAGAGGGAGCCUUUGCUUCCCCAAUAAUGGAUGUGAGGGCCCAGGAUCUCCUCGUCCAUGGGACCUCAAGCGUCUAGGUGCGGGCCAUAAGGUAUGGCCUCGCGCAACCAAACAUAGCACUUACAAGAGUCUGUCCCGUCGAUGCAUAUACCUUCCUGUGCAGCAGGACAGGGAAGGGUCGGUCCUUCCUGACUAGGUAAAUAGGCGCUCUGAGGAAGGAGCCAACCACGUACCUGCCCUGUUCAUGAAGGUCUAUGGGUCGUCCCUCCCCUAUGUUCGUUAUGCCAUAUACGGCAGGUGCGAGCACGGAAAUCUCUAUUCAGCCUCAUCGCUCCUUCCCCUCAGACUUCGCCCAUUGUCGAAGAAAAGCAAGCCUAGGGGAUCGCGAUUUUAACGUCGGCUCAAACAAACAAUCCACGGACGAGCCGGUGAGCGUGGCCGCCGAGUAUCAACUUCAGAUGAAUCAUAAUUAGGAUAUUUUUGAAGCGUCUAUUCAGCGUAGUGCUAGCGUGGGUUGCUGACGUGAAGGAUGAGCGCCUGGACACUCUGGACUGGACAGCGAAUACUCCGAGCAGAACUUUUUGGAGUGGAGAGGAGAUAUGAACUGGGGUAGAUGCUCUAUGCGCAUACAAGGGUUGAUAGUUGGUACAGGAUAGUUGCGACUCACGGACGGCUGUCCUGCGGAGCUGGUAUCAUAAUAGCUUCCACAUCCGGUCAUCUAGUUCUGCUAGGUUAUAGAAGGCGCUUUUGGUCAUAGAAGGCUGAGAUGAUAGCUACUACGUCCUUCGCCAUAACUCCAGUAUUGCAACGGAAAUCUCCAGCAAACUACCACGGCACCUGCGUCACCUCAUUAGUGAACAUCUUCCACUGUGCGCUUCUUGGGUCGACUGGUCCAUCACUUUGACUAUACCUGCCGCACU